AAGAUUGUUCUCUUAAUGCUUUGCCCGGAAACCCCCCAGCCUUGCAUCCUCAUCCAUCCCCAAAUACACGCCGUGUUUCUUGUUUCUGAAGGUGCUCUUGAUGAUUUUGAUAAGGCCAAACCCUCUCCAGCACCCCCUCCUACCACCACGGCCCCUGAUGCUUCGGGGUCCCAGAAGAGAUCGCCGGGAGACACUGCCAAAGAUGCCCUCUUCGCCUCCCAAGAGAAGUUUUUCCAGGAACUGUUUGACAGCGAGCUGGCUUCCCAAGCCACUGCAGAGUUCGAGAAAGCAAUGAAGGAGUUGGCUGAGGAAGAGCCCCACCUGGUAGAGCAGUUCCAAAAGCUCUCAGAGGCUGCUGGGAGAGUAGGUAGUGAUGCGACUUCCCAACAAGAAUUCACUUCUUGCCUAAAGGAGACAUUAAGCGGACUGGCCAAGAAUGCCACUGACCUUCAGAACUCUGGCAUGUCAGAAGAGGAGCUGACCAAGGCCAUGGAAGGGCUGGGCAUGGACGAAGGAGAUGGGGAAGGGACCAUCCUCCCCAUCAUGCAGAGUAUCAUGCAGAACCUCCUGUCCAAGGAUGUGCUGUACCCAUCACUGAAGGAGAUCACAGAAAAGUAUCCAGAAUGGUUGCAGACUCACCGAGAAUCUCUACCUCCAGAGCAGUUUGAAAAAUACCAGGAACAACACAGUGUCAUGGGCAAAAUAUGUGAGCAGUUUGAGGCAGAAACCCCCACAGAUAGUGAGGCCACUCAAAAGGCUCGUUUUGAGGUGGUGCUGGAUCUCAUGCAGCAGCUACAGGAUUUGGGCCAUCCUCCAAAAGAGCUUGCUGGGGAGAUGCCUCCUGGCCUCAACUUUGACCUGGAUGCCCUCAAUCUCUCGGGCCCACCAGGUGCCAAUGGCGAACAGUGUCUGAUCAUGUGAAACACAACAUGCUUCCUUCCCUGAUUCCCAGCUGUGGGGGAACGUCUGGAGUCAGCAGAACCACUGGGAGCUGAGGCAGGAGUGUCGUCUACAGGAGUGGUCUGCCCACUGCCAUCUGUCGUCCCACCCAAGAUUGUGCCAUACCAGCUGAGGCUUUUUUUCUGUCUUUCUAGGAAUAAGGUCUGUUCUGCAGAUCAUUUCUGUGAACCCUUUCCAUUGUGGUUUCUGCUGCUAGCAAAGGCCCAGCUACCUACCAGGUGAAGGAAGGUGUCCCUUUUGGGGCAUGCACCUUCUUUCCUCUCCCAAAAUAAUGUUAUACAGGGCCACACUGAGUUCAUUUUUGUACCCAGGGUCUUCGUGCCUUGUGUCUACUCCCUGUCUUGGACCUGGGGAGCAGGGACAGAGUCCUAGGACUCUAUAUUUCUAUAGUUUUCUUGGGCAGCACCUGUGGGAAUGAAUGGGGAGAAACUUAGCCUAGGCUGGGGGUUUAGGUCUUUCACCACACCCUCUUGCCUUCAGACUGUUCUGAAUUCUCUGAAGGGAAAGUAAGUGGGGGGGGCUUUCGCAUCUAAAAAUGCUACUCUUUCACAGUAGGCUGAAAGAGAAGCCCUGGGAUUCUCCUCUCUCCAGGUACAGAGUCCUCAAUUGCCUGUUCCAGCCUGAGAACUCAAGUAGCUGCCCUGUUCUUUCUAUAAUGCCAUGUGAUCUGGGUGAACUCAGCCCUUGACCUUCCUUUACCCCCUGCCUCUCCUCUCAUCUCUCUAUUUUAAAUACCUCUUUAUUCCAACCCUUCUCUGAGCCCAAACUGUGACAAAGAAGGGCCCAUCCUGUUUCCCCUCAUCUAGUCCAUCCACCACCCUCACUGGCCCCCCUAUCUCUCUGGCAAAUGUAUAUAAUUAUAGUGUCAGGUCUAGGAAAUGAAUUACUGUUCUUCCCCAGAUACAUUUUGGCUUAUUUGAGACAUCUGAUUCCUUUGAAUCCUGUUCAUUGAUUCAGGGAGGUAGCUUGGGAAAGGGGGGGUGGGAUGCAGCCUGGAUCCUUUUUCCUGACUAAUAAAUAUUCUGAGUGAGGGAUUGAGCCUCUUUUUCAUCCAGGUCUUUUCCUAAUCUUCCUCAGCUUCUCUAAGCUGCCCUGUGAGGAAUGUUAGCAUAACAUUGCAUUACUGGGUUCUACCACCACUUCCCUUCCCCAGCUCAGUCUGCACCUCAGUUGGCAAAGAAGACUGAAUGGCCAUCUUUCCUCAUUUUCUCCGAAUAUUUCAAUUUGGGAAGCCCUUCGAUUGGUAUUGUAUUUUAACAUUUCACAGUAUUAUUAUUAAUGUUAGUAAUAUAUUGUUAACAUGUUUACUAAAUUAUUUUUCUUUGA